UUAUAUUUCAGCGUAUUAUCUAAAAACGUUUAAUAUAAUUGCAGAAAAGUGAAUUAAUAAAGAUGUGAGGAUUAGUAUCAUGCACUAUGGUAAAAGGAAGGGCUUUACCGUCAGUUAUGGAUACCUCAAGCAGCUCUGAUGAUACAUAUAAUUCCAAUAUGGGAAAAGUCAAGAAAAAUAUAAACACUUUUGUUCCUACAACAGAAAAUUUGAAUUUAGAAAAAAUUCAUAAAAAACGAUCAAAAAUGGAGUUGAGUCAGGACAUUAAUGAUAAUGAUAAUACAUUAGAAUCAUUUCUUAAAAGAAAAUGUAAUGAAGAUGAAAGGAGUUCAGAUUCUGAAACUGAAUAUAGUAAUCUACAAAGAGUUGAACAAAUUAUGGAAAAUGCGCCUAGUAAAUUAAGUAAAAAACUAAAGAAAAAAAGAAAGAGCGACAUUUGUAGUGAUGAUUCAACAGGCGAAGAAAAUAUUAAUAAUGAAUAUCUUAAAAGUCUGGAUAAAAACUCGUUUGAUAAUAGCAAAAUGAACCAAAAGAGAAAAGCGUUUGUUACUCCUGAUUUGUUACAAAAAGGUAAAUCUGUUACAAAAGGUGUAAAUAUAAGUCCUGUUAAGAAAGAGGUUUUAAGUGAUGAUGCAGAAUCCAGUUCAGCAGAGUCGGACUCAAAUUGCAAUAACGACAGUGAAAUAAAUCAAAAAAACAUUGUAACCGUUAUAAAAAGUGAAGUUCACAGUAAUACUAGUUCUGAUUGUGAAGAUGAAGAUGAUAAUAUAUCAAGUGCUCAUGAGCCCGAAGCAAAGUAUUCAAUCGUAGAAACUCCUGUUACAAUUUUACAGGAUAUACGAUUGACACCUAAGAGUAAGUCUGCAAAAGAAAAAUUGAAAGAAAAGUACCCUGGACUAAAGCCAAUUGAAAUUAUGACCGAACUAAAUCUUUCCGAUUUUGAUGAAAUUCAUUUGUUCAGAAUUCCAAAAAAUGUAGAUCCGCAGUCGCUGAGGCAUGCCGAAAUUAAUUUAGAAAAAGAGUGUAAAGUAAAUUUAAGUGAAAAAUAUGUUAUUACAUCGACAACUAAAGUGCCUGAUCCAACACUUGUCAUAUCUGCUAACACAAGUGUUUUAUGCUUUAAGAACAAUAUUAAAAUGGAGAAGUACAUUAAAUCUAAGGUUGAACCUAAUAUUGAGGUGCCAGAAAAAAAAUCCGUACCUUUACCUGAAAACUUAAAAAAGCGACAUCCUCUAUUUGGACCAGAUUUUAAACAAAAAAUAAAGUUAAGUGAGCAUGUGGAAAGAAAAUUAGAUGAGGCAAUAGCGAAUCUUCUGAAAAGAGAAAGGAAGUCCAAAAAGAAGAAGGAUAAGAAAAAUAAGCAAAACGUUAAAGAGGAAAAACCUAAUGGAGAAAUUAUUGAUAUUUUUAGCUCAAAUAGCUUCUUAACAGACAGGAUGAAAAAAGAAACUUCAGAUGACAGCGCAUUUGGAAGUUCCAGUAGUACAGAUAAUCCAAGAGGUAAGAAAAAGGACAAGGGACACUCAUCAGACAUGAGUAUUGAGCAGGAAAUGAAAUGUUCUAUAGAAAAAGAGUCCAGAGAAAAAAGAAAGGAAAAAACGAAGAAAGAAAAAUCUUCUGAUCAUGACUGUAUUGAUACUGCUGAAAUUAAGAAAGAACAAGAUUUUGAUACUGUUGGCACUGAAGAAGUAUCAACUUCACCAAAAAAGAAGAAGAAAUCUUCAAUAAUUAAUAGUACCUUAAUGUCAGAUAUUUUAAAAACACCACAAUUUAAUUCCGAGGUUAGUACAAUUAUAGCAGAGGAUUCUUCCGGAAAGAAAUCUAGGAAAUCUAAAAAAGACAGAAUGUCCAAUGAAGGGGGUAAUAUAAAGAAAGAGGAAUUAAUAUCCGAAUUAUUAAACAAUGUUACUAAGGAACUCGAUGUUUCUGGAAAGAUUAAAACGGAAUUUUAACCUAUGACCAAAUUAAGACUAAAUUUUACAGUUGCAAGUAUAUUUUUUAACCUGAAUAAAAUAUGCAUACAAGACAUUCAUUCUCUCAACAUGUAUGACAUAAAAGUCAGAUCCUUAUGGUUGGACCACUGUAAAAUAAUUGAAGCAUGAAUAAAGGCGACAAACAUUUUAUGUCUUAAUAUUAAUUUUUUUAUUACAGUAUGUCCUGAAUUGUCUCCAAUUAUUUUUAUGACGGAUAAUACACAAAAAAAUGUUACCUUACAUGAGUAAAUUAUUUAAUGAAAAUAUUUAAAUAACGGAGACAAUACAUAUAUAUUUGUGAAGCUUAUUGUUUUCUACACUAUUAGGGAAAAAAAUGAAAAUACAUUAUAUUGUACAAUGUUCUUUUUUACGGGAUAAU